AUGGAUGUGACUACAUCGCAACUCCUCCUCUUGGCUGGCGCGACCCUCUUGGGUCUCUGGGCAACCUCUGCGCGGAAAUCGCGAUCGAACCCAAAUCGACUUCCACUGCCUCCUGGACCUAAGGGAUAUCCAGUUGUAGGUAACCUGUUCGACAUGCCUAAGGAGAAAAUGUGGUUACUUCAUGACCAGUGGUUUCAAUCAUAUGGGGACAUGGUCUACUAUGAAGUCCUCGGCCAGCCAAUUCUCAUCUUGGGGUCGUUAAAGAGGACGAACGAUCUAUUUGAGAAACGAUCAUCCAAUUAUUCCAGCAGGCCUUCAUUUAUGACGACAAAAUUUAAAAUUGAAAGAAUGGGAGCUGGAUGACACCGCAAGGCAUUCCACGAACACUUCCAUCCCAAUGUUGUUCCCAAAUACCAACCCAUCCAAGCCGAAGCAGCCAAAAUGUUCCUCCGUCGACUCUUAGCUUCACCUGACGAUUUCAUGGACCAUAUCCGACACUACUUUGCAGGCAGCAUCAUGGAAAUCUGCUACGGAAUCACCGUUCUAGAAGACAAUGAUCCCUACAUAUCAAUCGCCAAGGAAGCCAUGGAAGGUAUCGCUGAAGCCGGUCCAGGAGCCUUCUUGGUCGACCUACUUCCCGUAUUGAAAUACGUCCCCAGAUGGUUCCCCGGUGCUGAAUUUAAGAGAAAGGCAGCUAGGUGGAGGGCGUGUCUUUGUGAAAUGCUAGAGAGGCCGUAUCCCAGGGUUAAAUGGGAAUUGGAAUCGGGAAAUGCACGACCAUCCAUACUUCAAUCGAUGAUAUCAAAUUUACCAGACGAAAGCGAUCCAAAGCGGGGAGAAGCAGAGAAGAUGGCAAAAGCCGUAACAGCCGCGGCAUACGGUGGUGGCUCGGAUACGAUCAUCGCCGUCGUUCAAGCAUUCUUCUUGGCGAUGGCCAUGCAUCCAGACAUACAGCGCAAGGCGCAGGCGGAGAUCGACGCUGUUGUUGGUCAAGAUCGCCUUCCGAAUUUCAGUGACCAAGCGAAGUUGCCUUAUGUUAAUGCUGUUGUUCAGGAAACUCUGCGUUGGCAUCCUAUUUUUCCCAAGGGUGUGCCCCAUAUGUCUACGGAAGACGAUGAAUACGACGGUUAUUUCAUCCCGAAGGGUACAAUUGUCAUGGGAAACGUAUGGACAAUACUGCACGAUCCAAACGCCUUCCCGGAUCCACUCAAAUACGAACCUGAACGAUACCUCAACAUCAAGGAUGCCAAUGGCCGUUUGGACGAUACGAUUCGGAGUCCUGGAGCUGCUGCUUUUGGGUUUGGGCGUCGAGUAUGUCCAGGCAGACACCUGGCUGAAACAUCCCUCUACGCGGCCGUAUCCAACGUCCUGGCAGUCUACAAUAUCAAGCCACCAACCGACGAUGAGGGGAACGAGGUAAAGCUUAGGGAGGAGGUUACAAAUGGGGUUUUAUCGUAUAUGGUGCCUUUCAAAUGUGUGAUUGAACCUCGGUCAAGCGUUGCGUUGGCGUUGAUUCGGGGUGUUUGAUACUAAGGGGACACAAUUUUUUCUUUCUUUCUUUUUGUUACUGUGUAGCCUGUAGGGGAUGUUUGAGUCAAAUAGCGUUGAUCUCUGUG